AUGUCUGCUGUCUAUCCUCCCGGUGGUACUAUCGUCCAGUCGCUCAAGCGAACCUUCGCCGACGUCCCUGUCGAUGAGGCCAACGGCAAUGCUGUCUCUACCGUUGAGUUCCUUGAGGCUUCUGAGUCUCUGACCACCAUCUUUGAUGCCAUUGGUGGUGUUGCUUUCGGUCCCGUUAAGAAGGAUAUCCUUGGCAACGUCGAGGUUCGUCACUCAUACCCCUUUUCAUCGCGCGACAGCAUCCGCGACGUAUUGUUUCCGUCGAAUAAAUCUGACAGCUACCUACAGAAGCUCCGUGCUCGCCACGCCGCUGCUCCCGCCGAGUCCGCUACCGUCCAGGACCUUGUCCGUAACGAGCUCAAGACUGGCAAGCACACUGCCACCGAGGGCUGCCUCUGGCUCGUCCGUGGUCUUGACUUCACCAAGCAGGGCCUCGAGCACAACGUUCAAAACCCCUCCGUCGAGCUCUCCGAAUCCUUCCGCGACGCAUAUGGCAACACUCUGAAGCCUCACCACAGCUUCAUGGUCAAGCCCAUCUUCAGCGCUGCCAUGUCCGCUGUUCCCUACCGAAAGGACUUCUACGCCAAGCUUGGUGACAACCCUGAGAAGGUCCAGGUCGAUCUCGAGGCUUAUCUUGCUUCCUUCUCCAAGGUCGUCGCCAUCCUCAAGGAAUUUAUCAACAGCAAGGAGGCCAAGUGGUAA